GCAGCAGAGAGCUCAUACAAAAAGCUUACUCUCAAAAAGCCAAAGAGGCCAUCAAAGUAUCGAAAACCUUCCUCUGAGCACCAAUGGCACGGUAUCUUCUCGCUCCCACCACCACCGCCUCCUCCUCCUCUGCCCUCCUCCCCAAGGAUGCCGCCAAGAACUUGCCGCCGUCGCGGACCCUCCGCCUCCGCGCGCUCGGCUCCAGGUCCGGCAAGGCGCGCCCCAUCAUGGCGGUAGCGUCGGAGCAGGCGGCCCCGGCCGCCGGUUACCCCAAGGUGGCCGCCCCCACCACCGGCCCGAUCCCCGCUGCCGAGCUGCUCGGCGUCAUCGAGGCCGCCGCAAAAGCUGGGGCCGAUGUUAUAAUGGAAGCUGUUAAUAAACCACGCAAUAUCCACUAUAAAGGUGUUGCAGACUUGGUGACAGACACAGAUAAGUUGAGUGAAUCAGUAAUUUUGGAAGUUGUCAUGAAGAACUUCAAAAACCACCUCAUACUUGGGGAGGAAGGUGGCCUUAUUGGAGAUUCCUUGUCAGAGUAUCUCUGGUGCAUUGACCCUUUAGAUGGAACAACAAACUUUGCACAUGGUUAUCCAAGCUUUUCUGUGUCCAUUGGGGUUCUCUUUCGUGGAAAGCCUGCUGCUUCCACAGUGGUGGAAUUUUGUGGUGGGCCUUUUUGCUGGAGCACCCGUACAAUUUCUGCAUCUGCUGGUGGGGGAGCUUAUUGUAAUGGGCAAAAAAUUCAUGUUAGUCAAACAGACAAGGUGGAGCAAUCUCUUCUCGUCACAGGGUUUGGAUAUGAACAUGAUGAUGCCUGGACAACCAACAUUAAUUUGUUCAAAGAGUUUACUGACAUUAGCAGGGGAGUUCGAAGGCUAGGGUCUGCUGCUGCGGACAUGUCUCAUGUUGGACUGGGCAUUACAGAAGCCUACUGGGAAUACCGGCUUAAGCCAUGGGAUAUGGCUGCUGGUGUCCUGAUAGUUGAAGAAGCUGGUGGGGUGGUAACACGCAUGGAUGGUGGAGCAUUUACAGUCUUCGACCGUUCUGUUCUGGUCUCCAAUGGUGUUGUUCAUGGACAGCUUUUGGAUCGGAUUGGCCCUCCUACUGAAGAUCUUAAGAAGAAAGGAAUUGAUUUCUCGUUGUGGUUCAAGCCCGACAAGUACCCAACUGACUUUAACAAGCCAAAACAAAGAAAACCAAAGGAGAGAUAUUUCAGCUUGCUCUGUUCGCAGCUUCUGCCGUUCACAACUCCCAUCCCCUCCGAAAGGGCCAUAGCUCAAGCGAAGCUUGGAAGCUCAGCGAUAUUUUCCCUCGCUGUUCAGCAGGUCCGCUCUCGCUGCCUGUCAGGAGCGCUGGGCCGCUGUUGGCCUUCAACACCCUGUGUGCUCAUGUUAAGCGUUGAGGCUCCAGCGUAUUACUUGACUGCAAGACCUAGAUGGAAAUUACGUGCUUGUAGAAAUGUCAUGCAAGAAGCUGCCUCACAAGAUGCAAAGGCAAAUUUCUACAGGAGUGAGAGGAAAAACCGGAAAAAGGAGGGCACUUACAUUGACAAAGAUGGCAUAGCAAGGACCUUUGAUCGAAAGAAAAUAUCCAGAAAGAGGGGGGGUGCUAUGAAAGGCCGUGGUUGGAAGUACGGCUCUGGGUUUGUGGAUGGAGUCUUCCCUGUGCUCAGUCCAAUGGCACAGGAUAUCCUAGAACUUGUGCAGAAGGGGACCGAUGUUGCCAAAGUCUGCCAGUCACUGGACAACAUUCCUCAUGCACACGAUCUUUGGGAUGACAUUGUCAAUGUCGCCGUCCAGCUCCGCCUCAACCGACAAUGGGAGCCCAUCAUCACAGUCUGUGAAUGGAUCCUUUACCGGAGUUCAUUCCGGCCGGACAUCAUCUGCUACAACCUGCUGAUAGAUGCAUAUGGCCGAAAGCGUGAGCUGAGCAAGGCGGAGUCGAUUUACAUGGCUCUUCUGGAGACUCACUGUGUGCCUACAGAGGACACCUAUGCUCUUCUCUUGCGCGCUUACUGCAAUGCUGGACAACUGCACCGAGCCGAGGGCGUGAUUUCAGAGAUGCAGGAGAAUGGGAUUCCUCCAAGUGCAACUGUAUAUAAUGCGUACCUCGACGGCCUACUGAAAGCGAGGUGUACCGAAAAGGCGGUCGAGGUGUACCAAAGGAUGAAGAAAGAACGCUGCAGAACUAACACUGAGACGUACACCCUGAUGAUCAACGUGUAUGGAAAGGCAAAGCAACCGAUGUCAUCGUUGAAAGUCUUCAACGAGAUGAAGGCGAUCGGGUGCAAGCCCAACAUCUGCACCUACACUGCGCUGGUGAACGCGUUCGCGAGGGAAGGCCUGUGCGAGAAGGCCGAGGAGGUGUUUGAGGAGAUGCAGCGGGCCGGGCAUGAGCCCGACGUGUACGCCUACAAUGCCCUCAUGGAAGCUUACAGCCGAGCAGGGUUCCCGCAAGGCGCGUCCGAGAUCUUCUCUUUGAUGGAGCACAUGGGGUGUGAGCCUGACAGGGCCUCAUACAACAUCUUGGUGGAUGCCUAUGGAAGAGCUGGUCUUCAUCAAGAGGCAGAAGCGGUGUUCCAAGAGCUGAAGCAGGUGGGCAUGCGGCCGACGAUGAAGUCGCACAUGCUCCUCCUGUCCGCGCACGCCAAGUCCGGCAACGUCUCCAGGUGCGAGGAGGUGAUGGCCCAGCUGCACAAGUCCGGCCUGGAGCCGGACACCUUCGCGCUCAACGCCAUGCUCAACGCGUACGGCCGGGCGGGGCGGCUCGACGACAUGGAGCGGCUCGUCGCGGCGAUGGAGAAGCGCGGCGGCGGCGGCGGCGCCCCGGACAUCGGCACGUACAACGUGCUGGUGAACGUGUACGGGCGCGCGGGGUACCUGGACAGGAUGGAGGCGGCGUUCGGCACGGCGGCGGCGAGGGGGCUCGCCGCCGACGUGGUGACGUGGACGUCGCGCAUCGGCGCGUACGCGAGGAAGAAGGAGUACGGGCGGUGCCUGGAGGUGUUCGAGGAGAUGGUGGACGCCGGGUGCUACCCGGACGCCGGCACGGCGAAGGUGCUGCUCGCGGCGUGCUCCGACGAGCGGCAGGUGGAGCAGGUCACGGCCAUCGUCAGGUCCAUGCACAAGGACGCCAAGACGCUCUUCACACUAUGAGAUCAACACCAGCUGAUGCAUGGGUAUGGCAUCACGUUGCUAUACAUGAACCUCUUGUGAACAAGUGACUAAUGUAGUGUAGUGAAAGUCUAGCAUGUAUGAGUAUGGAUUGCCGUAUAAUUGCUGCUAGAUGAUUACAUAUCUUGAAGAACAUACUCCACGGUGACCAAGCUCAUGUAGUCAAGUUCGACAGAAAAAGUACAUAUCUCAGUCAAAUUGAACCAGGCAAGCGGUUAUUCUAUAUUUAUCUGCAAGUGGGAAAAAAGUAUCACUAAUGAUGUUUGAAGA